UUCCAGAAUAUGCAAAUACUGUGCUGCCUUCCAUGGGUCAUCAGGCAAAGAAUAACAUUCUGGGCUGUGCACAGCUAAGGGAUGGAAAUGAAAUAGCCAUGUUAACAUGAACCUCAGGCACCGGGUUUGUGCAGGAGUUUCCUGGAGGCUACUCUUUAAAGACAGGCACUUCACCUGCAGCAAAAUAAUAGGAAGGAGGUUCGCUUGCUUUGCGCAGAGGCUGAGCCACAGGAGAAAGCAAAGCCAAUGUGAUUUAUUGAAUGAAAGCGCUGGACAGUCACCAACAACUUGUUCCUCUGCUGCCUCGAACAGCCUAAACUGGAAUUGCCGUGUGAAAAUGACCCAACAAAUGCAGAAUUUACAUCUUUCUCAGUCGAAAAAACAUAGUGCUCCGUCAUCUCCCAACGCUGCCAAGCGCCUGUACAGGAACCUCUCUGAGAAGCUGAAGGGCAGCCACUCUUCAUUUGAUGAGGCCUAUUUCAGAACAAGAACGGAUCGGCUGAGCCUCAGAAAGACCUCAGUGAAUUUCCAGGGCAAUGAAGCCAUGUUUGAGGCAGUUGAGCAGCAGGACAUGGAUGCUGUGCAGAUCCUCCUGUAUCAGUACACACCAGAAGAACUAGAUCUCAACACGCCCAACAGCGAGGGGCUGACGCCCCUGGAUAUUGCCAUUAUGACCAACAAUGUGCCCAUUGCGAGGAUUCUUCUGAGGACAGGGGCCCGAGAAAGUCCACACUUUGUCAGCCUGGAAAGCCGAGCAAUGCACCUCAACACACUGGUCCAGGAAGCCCAGGAGAGGGUGAGUGAACUAUCUGCCCAGGUGGAGAAUGAAGGAUUCACUCUAGACAACACAGAGAAAGAGAAACAGCUGAAGGCUUGGGAGUGGAGGUAUCGGCUCUACAGACGCAUGAAAACGGGCUUUGAGCAUGCCAGAGCCCCUGAGAUGCCAACCAAUGUGUGUCUCAUGGUAACCAGCAGCACAUCACUCACCGUCAGCUUCCAAGAGCCUCUCAGCGUCAACGCAGCUGUAGUGACCAGGUAUAAAGUGGAAUGGAGCAUGUCUAAAGACUUCUCUCCUUUGGCUGGAGAAAUCAUCAUGGAUAACCUGCAGACCCUGAGAUGCACGAUUACAGGACUUAUGACGGGCCAACAGUAUUUUGUUCAAGUCUCAGCUUAUAACAUGAAAGGAUGGGGACCUGCUCAGACUACGACACCGGCAUGUGCCUCUCCUUCUAACUGGAAAGACUAUGACGACAGAGAGCCCAGACACAAGGGACAGAGCGAAGUUUUGGAAGGUCUGCUGCAGCAGGUCCGAGCCCUUCAUCAGCAUUAUAGUUGCCGGGAAAGUUCAAAAUUACAAACCACAGGCCGAAAGCAGUCAGUCUCAAGGAGCCUGAAACACCUAUUCCAUUCCUCAAACAAGUUUGUGAAGACCUUAAAACGGGGACUCUACAUAGCUGUUAUAUUUUAUUACAAAGACAAUAUCUUAGUCACCAAUGAAGAUCAAAUACCGAUUGUUGAAAUAGAUGACUCUCAUACCAGCUCCAUUACACAAGAUUUUCUGUGGUUCACAAAGCUGUCUUGUAUGUGGGAAGAUAUAAGGUGGUUGAGGCAAAGCGUACCUACCUCCAUGUCUUCAUCCACAGUGCUGCAAACUCGGCAGAAGAUGCUCACAGCAGCAGCCCAGCUACAGAAUUUACUUGGAACACACAACUUGGGAAGAGUCUACUAUGAGCCCAUUAAAGAUCGACAUGGAAAUAUACUCAUAGUCACCAUCAGAGAAGUAGAGAUGCUUUAUUCAUUUUUUAAUGGCAAAUGGAUGCAGAUCUCAAAGCUGCAAAGCCAGAGGAAGUCUCUGUCAACACCCGAGGAGCCAACAGCCUUAGACAUUUUACUGAUAACCAUCCAGGAUAUUCUCUCCUAUCACAAGAGGAGUCAUCAGCGUCUCUCUCCUGGAUUAUAUCUGGGUUACCUAAAGCUAUGUAGCUCUGUGGAUCAAAUCAAAGUCCUUGUUACCCAAAAGUUGCCCAACAUUCUCUGCCAUGUGAAGAUCCGUGAAAACAAUAACAUUUCCAGAGAGGAGUGGGAAUGGAUCCAAAAGCUUUCUGGCUCUGAAUCUAUGGAAAGUGUGGAUCAUACUUCUGACUGCCCCAUGCAAUUGUUCUUCUACGAGCUCCAGAUGGCAGUGAAAGCUCUCCUUCAGCAGAUCAAUAUACCUCUACACCAGGCAAGGAACUUCCGCCUCUACACACAGGAGGUGUUGGAAAUGGGUCACAAUGUGUCCUUUCUUCUCCUGCUCCCUGCCUCAGACGACGUCUGUACAGCCCCAGGACAGAAUAAUCCUUACACCCCACACUCAGGAUUUCUUAACCUCCCUCUUCAGAUGUUUGAACUUGUUCAUUUUUGCAGCUACAGGGAGAAAUUUAUUGGUCUGUAUUGCCGCCUUUCUGCUGUCAUAGAGCUGGAUUCUCUGAAUACCCAACAGUCCCUAAGGGAAGCGAUCUCAGACAGCGAGGUUGCAGCUGCCAAACAAAGACACCAGCAAGUUUUAGAUUUCAUUCAGCAAAUAGAUGAAGUCUGGCGUGAAAUGAGAUGGAUCAUGGAUGCUCUACAGUAUGCAAGAUAUAAACAACCAGUUUCUGGCUUGUCCAUCACUAAGCUGAUAGACCCCUCCGAUGAGCAGAACCUUAAGAAGAUCAAUUCUACAUCAUCACAUAUAGACUGUCUUCCAUCACCAUCCCCAUCCCCAGAGAUGCACAGAAGAAAGGCAGUGAGUGAUUCACAGCCCUGCUCUGAUGAAGAAGCCUGCUCGGAAGUCUUCCUCCCCACAGACAGCGACUAUGACUCCAGUGACGCCCUGAGUCCCCGAGACCUGGACCUAGUCUACCUGUCAUCGCACGACAUUGCCCAGCAGGCCUUAAGCGGCCUAAGCGGCAGCGCCCCCGACGUCCUCCAGGUGCACGACAUGAAGACCACUGCGGGGCAGAGUCAGGAUCCCCAGGGCCUGGUCCAGGGCCCAGAUCCCGACCAUGCGUGUUCCGAGUUCCUCCACAGCCUGACUCUCACGGGCUUUGCGCCCAAGAACCACGCCAAGAUGGUGCCAGGCGCCCGGCCGCCGCUGGGCUUUCUGGGAAAGCGGAAGCCAGGCAAACACCAGCACUACGGGGGCUUCAGCCGCCACCAUCGCUGGCUGCGCAUGCGCAGCGAGACACAGUCACUGUCGCUCUCUGAGGGCAUUUACACACAGCACCUGUCCGGGGCCUGCGGGCUGCCCCAGGAAGCCGGGGAGGCCGACCAGUCGGGACCCGCAUUCGAUGGGCCCCGGGGCCUGGCUCUGGCCCAUGCCGCCAGCCUCCCUGAGGAGCAGAAGAGCAGCCGCCAUGACGCCAGGCCUUCAGUCCACCGCAUUUAUGUUGAGCCCUACCCUGAGGACCUGGUGGCCCAGGACACGAAGCCAUGGGCCGGCUUGAGCCCACCCCCUGGAGGCCACUCUAGUCUGCCCUGCCCCACAAGCCCCAAGAUGAGCCGGGAGGGCCCUCCCACCUCCCCAGUGUCAGAAAUACUCAGCAGCAUGCUUUAGGGAGGCCCACCCUGGCUCUCCACUUUUGCACCCCUCCUCCUUGCAUUUUCCAUCACCCUACCCCCAGCUUGCCCCCUACAUCCCUACCCAUUUUCAAACGUUUUGAAUGUUACAAAUCCAAAGGUUACAAAUUUAAGACCCUCUUUUUUAGAGUAAAGUGAGGAUGGAGGCCAGAGUUGCCAGUGUCAUAACCAGACCAGCCUAGAAAGGGCAUGGAGGAGGUUUUGUGUCAACAUGGAGUGCGAGAUACAAUGAUUCAAACUUGCCACCUUGGUGACACCUGUGGCUCAGGUAGGCCAGCUCAAAAAGACACCCUCUGUUCUGCAGCGGGUCUAUAAUCUCACUCUGGGUUUAGGACUCUUUCAUGAAUUUGUUUGAUAAGGAGGAGUUCUAUAGAUGAAAAUAAGAUUAACAUAGUUUUUCCUCCAUUCCACACCUUUAGAAGAGUUUGAUGGAAAACGAUCCAGGUUGUGUCUCUAGGGCAUGGAGUCAAGUGGACUUGUCCUGGGUUUCCUGUCAACUUAACCAUGUUAUUCCAAAGUACAAAGUUCUCGGGAAUCACCAAGUCCAAUUUAUCCAUCAGCACUUAUCUGAUUAAGUAGGCCUUGUACAGACCUUUUCUUUGCUUAGUGCUAUAUGGACACCACCAGAAACAAAAGCAAAGGACACUUUUCUAGCUCUGUCUUGCAAGGAUAGAAUAGGGCAGGAAGCAGCCCUUCCUAUACACUCAGCUCCCAUUCAAGCAUGAAAAUGAGCUUCAUAAAUUGUUCCAGGGUGCAAGGAAAUGGCUGAGUUAAGUGAAAGCCUGAAUUAUAGACAAGACAAGGGGAGAGUGAGAAAUAUGAGCAAGAGUGUAUUUCCUCUACAAUUCUAAGACAAAUCAAGUAAGUCCACAGGGGCUGUGUCUCUAAAAAUCAUAGUGGAUCUGCUCCAGGUUCUUAGGUGGUGAAAUUGUCAUUAAACAAGAAUGUGCCCUGCAGAUAUGGCCAGGCCUCACAGCCUCACAGGCACAUCCACUCACCCCACAUCCCAGGUUAAGGAACAGAUUGUUCAGGGCUGGGGUGUCUACCUUCCCCCUUUCAACCCAUCCCUCCCGGUGUCAAUUAUGCCCCAAGAUCAUCCAGCCCAUUGGCCUCAGGGAAAAUCUCCUUAGAAGCCCCUGCCAGUGGUUCAUUCCAAGGAUAUGUUCAAAAACACCUGGAAAUCCUGCUUUGGUCUCAUUGCCCCUUACCUGAAUCUCUCACAAACAAGAAACUCAAAGAUAAAUCACACUGCAUAUUCAGAAAACUCAUGAGUCUUCUCAUCUCCUGGAGCCAAGACCCAUUCAGUUCACUGACAUUCUAAAUGGUCCUUUUCUGCUUCACAGGCAUUUCAGUUAAAUAUUGCUCUUUAUGGCCUUAUCCUUGUCCACACAGUUCUACUAUUCCUCCUCAUGGGAGUUCACACAAAGUCCCCUGUUCACAAUGUUAUUCUGAUCCCUUCCAUUUUUAAAACAUUUGAUUUGAACAUAAAUAAUUACCCUACUGGAAAGGUACAGAUUUGGCCCAUGGCCUAUGGUCAUUAGGAAACUAAAGCCCAGAGUUCAGUCUUUAUUUUUUUAAGAGAUUUUAUACUCAAUGACCCCCCCCCCCAAAGAAUUUUGAUCAGAAUCACUACAGCUCCUUUUUCAUGCCUGGGAGGAUUUUAAAAUGCAGUUUUCUUCUAUCUAAGUGAAUUCUAUGUGUAUGCAAAAAGUCAAUGUUAGAACUAGAAUGGACCAUAAAAUUUAUAUAAGUCCUUGGGUUUACAGAUAGGUCAAUUAAGGCCCAGAGAAGUUAAGUGACUUGUUCAAGUUUGCAGAGCUGAUUUAGUCUCAGAGUUAGGGUCAGAAUCCAGAGCUAUUUCCUUUAUAAUAAAUAGGCUGUUCAACUGGGAAUUGGUACAUAUCCAGUCAACUCUUGAUUGUCUACAGGCUACUAAUCUAUUUUGCAAAUCACCUAUCUCCUUCUAAUUCCAAAUUCAAGUCCUUUGCUAAACCUUUACCUAACAGGUUUCCAAUAUCACAAAACUCCUUGUUGCCAGGGAAUACAAAUUCCAUGUCAUAGAUAUCUAAGCUAAGUUAAUUAAUUAAAAAGCAAAUUUGGGAGAAAUGUCAUUUAAAAUUUAUGCCUCCUAGUUAUUAACAGGAAUGACAGGGUCAUCUGCACUCAGUUCGUACUUAUGUCUAAUUAUAUCAAUAAGAUAGAUUGUGUAUGUUUUGAAUGAGUUUAUGAAAUAAGAUUCUGGAAUUGUCAAGAACUAAGAAGCCAAGCAAUUCUCUGAUCCUGACCAUGGUGAUAACAUGGGAGGAAGACUGUGACUGUGAACCAGAUGGGAGCCAUUCAACAAGCAGCAAAGGUAGAAACUGACCCACCCUUCUGAUCUCUCAUUGGUUCUGGUGUACUGGACCAAAACUGCAUUAAUUUAAAGCCCACUAAUUUAUACUGGAGACAGAAUGUUAUUUUUUCCUCUUCUAUGAGGAAAUGAGGCAUGCCCAUGAAAUGAAUAAUGCACAUUAGAUUUCAAUGGGCAUACUUAAGCUGCUUAAAAAUCUCUCAGCAAUAUUCCUAUGGAAAAGUGGAUAUGUUAUAUCCUCGAUAACUAGCUAUUUGUUCAGAUAGGUUCUCCUGUACCUGCACUUUGCAACACUUUGUGAGCCCAGUUUAAAUUACUAAUAAUACAUUCUUAUGAGAGACAACCAUAUUCUCUAAUUCCCAGUCCUAUAUUCAUUCAGCCAGUCUUCUAAUUGUAGAUAUUUUACAAUGUCUGAGGACUUUUUGUUUGUUUUUGUUUUAUUGUUUUUGUUUUGUUUUAUUUGGAUAUGAUGAACUUUUGUCUUUCUAUUCUUUUUGAGUCCAAUCUGAGGUCUCAGGAGGAAACUUUCUUAUCCCAGGUCUCCUUUUCCAGGGUUUUCCUAACAUGCUUUACUCUCACUUAUAAUAUUCAGCUCUCAUCAUUUGUGAAAAUCCUCAAAAAUCAUUGACUAAGGCCCUCCCGUAUGUCUAUCUCUAUUCUAAGUCCCACAGAGGCCAAAGAAUCAUGGUAAAAUACAUUCCUGGGCCACAAGGAGCUGUCUAUCUUAUCUAAGAAUGUAGCCACACAUUCACCAUACAUUUUCUCAGCAAUGUCUCAGAAGAGGCACGAGUCUGUCUCCUCAGCCAGCCAGACCUAGUGCUUGUUGGGCUAUACAUCUUUGAUUUUGCUCUUGCUGUAUAGACUCAUGAGGGAGGACAGCCUGGAAAAUGCAAGCCAUCCAUGUAUAUGCUUGGCAACCAUUUGCAAGGCUAUCACAUCCUUUUAAUUGGUGAGCAUACCUGAGAGACAGUAAUUAAAAACAUUCUUUCCACGGAAUGAGCAUUUCAAGAAGUGGAUACUUAAAAAUGAGAUCCACUCCAUUUUAACAACAUUCACUAAUGCUCGAAGCAAUAAUUACACUGGAGAAAAUGGUUCCAUUUGGUUUGAAAAUUGAAGCCAGUUAGUAAUAAUAUUUCACCAGUCCUCUUUCCUGAAGGAUCCCAAAGCACUUUAUGAAAAGCAAUGACUGAAGCCUUGUUGUACUCCCCUAAAGAGACCUUGUCCAGUAGCCACCUGGCAAACUCCUACCCCAUCCUUGCCAGGAGAUCGUGCCAGACAAGUGGAAAAGAGGGCUGGCCUCUCAUUCAUUGUUAUCCUGCCACACAAACGUGAACCCUGGUGAGUCUUGAGUUCUUCCCUUGAAGAUAACUUUGUUAGAUGGGGCAUACCAGAAAAUCCCAACUCCUCGGCCUCCUCUUGUUCUUCAUCUUCCACUCAAGAUGUACUCUUGGAGAAUUGUAAACUCAAGCUGUUAAGAGGUCUGAGGUGCAUUUAAAUUCCACAGUUAUGUUAACAGCACACAGAAUCCAAUGGCUUCUGAAAAUGUAUACAUGUUAGGAAGAUGACACUAUUUUUCUAUAGUUCUCUCAACCUUGUAUGUAGCAGAGCUACAUUCAAAGACAGCGUGCAUCUCUUGGUAUGUUUGCUUGUAAACUAUAACAUACCAGUAAGAGAGGGUACUUAUAGAUUAACAAGAGAACACUCUCAGAGAAUUCCAAGUGCUACAUUGUCACUUUUUAAAGUGAAAACAUUUUUCCAGAUGAUUCAACGAAGCAAAGCUGGACUUUUUUUUUUCCAAGAUCAUAUCUUUAAGGAAAUUUUUUAAGGACCUUUCUGGAAAGAAAUGGUAUCUCUUCAUAGUAGGGUACACAAGGAAAAAACUGGUUUCUUUGCCAGUCACCUCUCAUAAGAUGUUCAAACACGUGGCUUAUGACUGUUAAGCUAAACUUCAAUGCGGCCUUACAAACAACAAGGGUAGUGUAUUUGAAACCAUGUUGUACAGCUUGGAAACUUAUUCUAAGAUCUUAAUUCAGAGUUUUUCUGAGGUGUUGAACUUUGCCAUUAGCAAAAAGUAUUUUUAGAAAAAUCCAUUGACUGUUUAUGAAGCACUGAUUUUGCCAUAUUUCGGGUCUCUGGUUUUUCCACCGCAUCUGCACACAGUAGUUAUAUUUGUUAUUUCAAUUAUUUCUUCUGUUUCCAUUAAAAAUGAAUUUGUAAAAUGGUUAUUCAAAAGAACAGUUGGUUUUGUUUAACAAUAAGUGGACUGUGGAAAAAUAUUCUAUUUUGAUAAAGGAAGUAGGAGGUUUGUUGUUGUCAUUAUUUUAAAUAUUAUCCUAGGGUCCUUCCCCUCCAGAUACGGUCCUUUUUUUAUUAUUAUUUUAGCAAAAGCCAAUAUUUAACCUAGUGGCAAAGCUUAUGAAGCUAUUGGUUAAUGCUCUUUGCUUCUCUUCCUUUAGUCUGUGACAUGAAAGUAUGAAUAUAUUUUUACAGUAUUCAUCAUCUAGUAACUGAUUUUCAAAAUCCAAGUCUGGUAAAUUGUAAAUCACUCUGAGUUGCUGUGUUGCCCCUUGCCUUGUGACAAAUCAGAUGUUUGGAUAUAUUCCACAUAUGUUGCCACAAGCAUCAGUUUUAUGUUUGUGAUGUGAUGGAAAAAAAAUUAAAGAAUGUGUGUGUGCAUGUAUGUAUGUGUGUGUGCAUAUAUGUAUGUGUGUGUGUGUGUAUGUGGUGAUGGAGAGAUGUUUCAUAGAAAAAGUAAUUUAAGUGACAUUCUAUUAGGCAGUAUUUAAUUGCUUCCUGCCCUAUAUGUACAUAGUAACCUAGCUGAUUAUUGGUUGUUACUUGUUCAAAAUUUAUUGUAUCUUGUUGCUAUGUAUGCAACUUGAGUGUAAAAGUUUAGACUUCAGUAUGUUAUCUGCACAAUUUUGUGUGCUUUAACCCCCUGUAAAUAUGCAAAUGAAUCAUGUAUGGUGUGUUAAAUAUGACUUCCAAUAUUGAAACAAUAAUAUUUUGUAGUAUAUACAUUUGGAAACUAUUUGAACAUUUUAAAUGGAUAUUGUAAAGGGCCAGUACCCUCAAUCAAAAACAGCACUGGUAAAAUGCAUGUUUCUUCAAUCUACCAAUUUAUAAGAAGAGGUCAGGGAUUAACAAGAAUUAAGAUAAUUUUUCUAAUGGCAAGUAUUUUUGGUAAUUUCCUACCUGCUUAAUUGUAUUUUCAAGAAAAAUUGUCAGCAGAAGAAAUCUUAGCUAUCAGAGGGAAUGACUUUGUUUCAUAAGCAUUAAUUAUACUUUGUAUCUCACCUGAUAUUUUGUUGAUAUCUGUUAAAUAAUUCAAGGGUGAAGAAGUCAAAAAUAUUUUUGAUUCUUCAUAAAACAUUUUGCUGUUUCAAGGAUAGUUUCCAAGCCCUUUGUCUUCAGUGUGGAAAAAUGUCAAUUAAAUAAUAAACUAAUGGAGUUCUUAGUACUUGGCUUACCUAAUGCUUUUUCCAUGUUUCAGUAAAGACAAAAUUUUUUCAACCUGAGCUUUUAAAAAUCUUCUCACUAAAAUUUUGGAACAGUUAUCAUUUGGGGCAUUGUUUUGAUAAUUAUCAGCAAAAUCUGACCAGUUGGCUCUUGAUUAAUGAAUAGCAUUUGGGUUACUUCUCUUUCAUAACCUGUCAUUGCCAAGUAUUGAAUACAGCAACAGGAUGCUAUGGCAAAUACUCUCACUCAAUUGCAUCCAGGAGCUUGGCCAUCUUAAUAUUGCUUCUUCCUCCACUGCAUGGCAUCUUUAAGUAUCUUCAGUGCAUUUCUGCAUGUGCUGUCCUAUCUCAACUUCUCCAUCCCUUCUAUUUCUGCACUCAUGAAACUCCUUCUGCACCCACUCCCUCUGGCUGAGAUAUGAGAUUUCUUCUGUGUUUAAGAAGACCACAAAGAUAUCAUUUCCAUACCAGGAACCUGCACAAAGAUUCUCCCAAAUUCCCAAGGACAGGAAAUGUGCUGCUUUGGACCAUGUAUUUGUCUUAUGCUGUUUUACAGAAUUCUUUUAAACACACACACACACACACACACACACACAAAUUCAACUCUUUCUUGGCAUGUUUGUGGUCAGCUUUCCUGACAGCCUCCGAGGGCUGUUUUGUUGUCCUGGCCAAAUGUGCUGUUUUCCCUAUGUAAAUUGUCAUCUUUCUAAGCAAACCAUUACUUUCUUUUCCU